CGAUAACAAAAUUCGUGGGAUUAUCGAUUGCAUUGUUGCGAUUCAUACAAAAUGGCGUCGAAGAGGAAGCAAGAUGACAAGCACCUUAAACAAUUACGGGAGAUGGUUAGCAAAGAACACAAUAAAACGUGUUUUGAGUGUAAUCAGAGGGGACCUACAUAUGUUGACAUGACAAUAGGGACAUUUGUAUGUACAUCAUGCAGCGGAAUUUUAAGAGGUAUCAAUCCACCACACAGGGUCAAAUCUAUAUCAAUGGCAAGUUAUACAGCAGCAGAAAUGACUUUCUUAGAAAAGAAUGGCAAUGAGGUUUGUAGGCACAUAUGGCUGGGUUUGUACGACUCCAAAUCACAACCCGGCCCGGAGUCCAAAGAAGACACCAAGGUGCGGGACUACCUGGUGCAGAAGUACGAGAAGAAGCGGUGGUACGUGGAGCCGGGCCAGGCCGCCGUCCUGGCCGCUGCCAAAGCAAAGGAAGUAGCAGAGAGUGCGGAGAGGAAAAGCACAAGCAGCUCACACAGUACGCCCGAGCCCAAGCCACUCAAGUCGUUAAUAGGCAGCAACGCAGCUCCAAUAAAAGUAUCACAGCCACCUGGUCACUCCACUUCCACACACAACAUCAGCAAACCUCCUACGUUAGCUCAAACUGCCAACAAACAAAAGUCUGUUGAUCUUCUAGCUGAUCUAGGGGGAGACCCUUUCGCAAGUGCAUCACAACCAGCAGCACAAACUGGAGGCUUUGGGCAAGCACCCUUCGGUCAAGCAACUCAGCAAUCUCCGUUUGGCCAGCCAGCCCAGCAGGCAGGCUUUGGGCAACAGACGCCUUUCGGGCAACAGGCGGCAUUUGGACAACCAGCCCAACAGGGAGGGUUUGCCGAUUUCAGCCAGGCUUUUGGAGGACAACCGCAAAGUAGCCAAGCCUUUCCAGAAAAUAAUCCCAAGAAAGAAAGCUUUGAGACGUCGGGUGGUUCUGGAGACCUUGCAGACUUAUUCCUUUCCCCUCAAACUACCCAACAGAAUGAUCCUUUCAUGCCAGCAGCUCAGCCCGCUGCAGGGUCUGCACCGUCAUCCAAUAACUUUGGGGCAUUUGAAUCGGCAUUCACUCCCCAGUCUGCUCCUGUUCCUGUUGCCUCCUCCGCAGCACCCCUCAACCCCACAGUGCAAGGAUUACAAGGGCUCUCCAUUGCCAAUGCCAGUCCGCCAUCGGGUGGAGCUGCAGCAUCAGCAAGCUCCGGUGGUGACAAAUACGCAGCAUUUGCUUUAAUGGACAGCAACGCCACAUCCAGUGCAAGCACUACCGUCAACUGGAGCGGAGGCAGUAGUUCGUCGGGUGGUAUUAAUUGGGGUGGCGGAGGUGGUGGUAGUGCUGUUCCUAAGAGUUCGUCAAGUUCAGGAAUUGAUUGGGGUACAGGGAUGGCUAAGUCAUCACCGCAAGCAUUUCCGGGAACAGGUAGUGCAUCAGCCACAUCAUUAGGGACAACGUCAACAUCUUCAGGCCAACUGUUUGGCUCAGCAAGUUUUGGUGCACAAGGAGUGCCGCAGGGUAAUCCCUUCAUGGCUAUAUCAAGUGGUGCUACCCCAGCAACAAGUACUAUGGCAAACAACCCUUUCCUAGCAGGUGGAGCACAAGGGGCUCCAGCCCAAGCAAAUGGACUCUUUGGUAUGCAGCCGGCUGGAGCUCCCGGAAUGCCCACACAGAACCCUAUGAUGGUUGCAGGAGCAGGUGGAGCCUUCAACCAGCAAACGCCUACACCUGGAGCAAAUAUGCAAAUGAAUGGAAGAGUAGGGGCAGGGUUUCCUCAAGGACAGUUUCCUGCAGCUGGUGGUUUUGGCGGCAUGCCUCAAGGGGCAAUGUCUAAUCAGUUUGGGAUGGGUAUGCCAGUAUCACAGCCUCAGCAACAGCCGCAACAGACUCCUCAAGGAGGUAUGAGUUUUGGGGGUGCUGGUAUGGCCGCAAUGGCAGGACUACAGUUUAAUAAAAUGGGCCAACCCCAGCAACCAAUGGGACAGUUUGGUGCCCCUCAGCAACCUACCCCGCAAGGUCAGCAACAGAUGACCGCGUGGGGAGCAGCACCAAAUGCAGUACCACAACAGAAUCCUAUGGCUCCUAAUCCUUUUCUGUCGCUGGGAGGAGGCGGAUUUGGCGGCCAAGCUGCUAUUCCACCAAAGAGCAGUAAUGCCAGCAAUCCAUUCCUGUAAUCAUCACACCACCUACCAACCCACCUACAUCCAUCAUCAUCAUCCAUCUAGAUUCAACCUCGUAUCCUCAAAAGGUGACCAGACCAGCCCUCUUCUGUGGUAGAAUGGCUUGGAUGCUGUCGCUGGGAAAGUCAGGACUGAACUGGAUGCUGCUGGACUUGACUGGAAUGUUCUUGAAUUGAUUAAAUUCAUACAUCUGUAAGGUUUCUGCGAGGACAAAUGGAACAGUUCUGGUUGUGAGUGGUCCUUGAGGCUCUUGAUGACCUCCACCUGUGAUCACGUCUUAAGACAACUUGGUAGCCAACACCGGAUUGGCUCCAGCUUCCAGAGAUCUGAGAUGCUGGUUGAAUGGAAGGAGAAGCACUGAAAUGGAGUUGCAUUCCCAGAUGGAGGAAAUAGAGUCUCUUUUGCAAAUCUCAUCUCGCCAUAAAAAUGAUAAUGUUAUCUUUUUAUUGUGAUGUGGAUAUGUGUGUCUCUGUUCUUUGAAUGGACUUGGUAAUAUUGUACUGACCCUUUUGUAUAAACUUAGUGCAAAAUGCAUGCAAGAAAUUAAUCCUUCAAAGUAUCAAUUCUCCUGGGUCAAGUUGUUGAAGUUAGAUAAAUGCCUUGGGAUAGGAUAUUAGUGGCAUAUGGGAUUUGAGCCUUAAAUCUUAAUCAUGGUUCCCACCGUCCUGGAAAAAAUUGUCAUUGAUUAAGUCAGGGAAUUUGGAAAAUUUGUGAAAAGUCAUGAAAUUGCAUUUACCUCUUGGCUAUGGCAGCUUUCCAGUUUGCCUCGCAACUCUCAUACUCUGCUAUUAUAAUUGGUGUUCAUGAGGGGAGGGUGGAGGCCAUCAUAAUGUGUCUGAUUUUCGAAACCGUGCCAGAAAGGAAGUCAUGGGAAGCAGCAAUUUAGUCACGGAAUUCUGUUUUCAAAUUUCUGUGGGAACCCUGUUAAAGAUGACAGACACUAGGUCUUGACUAGGCCACGGCACCUCGGAGUGAUUAAAAAAUGUGAAUGGAUUAUUUCAUUCCACACUCUCAUGAACCAUUUUUCUAACAUCGUUUACCCCCC